AGCAGGCCAAUCGGAGAAGAGGUUGUAGGGAGGCGGCUGAGCGGGGGUUGUGGGGGUAGGAAGCUAGGGUUAGAGGCUACCGGUGAGGCUAGAAAGCCGAGCGUGGUCGGUUGGAGCAAAUAUGUCUGUCCGGAGGCACAUUGGGAAUCCUGAGUAUCUGACCAGAAGGAUACCACAAAACCCAAGGUAUCAGCAUGUCAAGUCAAGACUAGACACUGUGAGCAACUCAGAGUUAAUCCCGAGAAAUCAAGAAUUUUGUGGCAUCUCCAAUCUUCACCCAAAUCGCCUUCUACUGAGUUCUUCAAAGCCAGAUAUCUUCUUCCUGGGUGCCUGAGUGUAUCUUCCCAGCUCCCCAGCACUGCCAGACUGUGCCCGGAAUGGAUUAUGCUUGCGAUGAGAUCCCUGCCGACACUUUGUUCGGUCACCACCGCAGGGUCCUUGUGUAUUCUCAAGCACCCUCUCUGGCUUCCUGCUCUGUAGCCCUGCAGGCUGAUUAAGGGACAAUUUCCAAACCACAGGGCUCUUCCUUUGUUAGCCUCCUAAACGCUUUCAUUUCUGGCAUUAUUCUCUCAUUUCAAUCUAUAUUCAAUCUAAUUUCAAAUUUCUUUAGCUCUCUAAAAGUCCAUAGACUAUCUCCACUCAGUCUUUUCUAGCUAUUUUUAAUUUUUUUAAAAUUCAUCUUACUUUUCUUAUCUCCAUACAAACUAGUCAUUUUCUUUUUUUCUUCUUAGUCUCUACUUUUCCUGAAUAUCUGCUAAUAGGCUUGAUCCUAAGCACUGAAACUCAUUACAGACUAGGUACUCUUCAUCUUUACUUGGUAUUUAAUUCUGUUUCUUAUGCCAAAGGAAGAAAUGUAUGUGAAAGCCUUUUACAAACCAGAAAGCACUAUGCGCUCGUGUAACUUAUUGAGAUUAACAAAGGACCUCUGUGCCUCUUUUCACGCUUUCUGCUCCUUCCGAGCCAAAAGAACUUCUCCAUAGAGGAGGGAAAUAUUGAAGAAAAAUAAAGCAGUGGAAUUGUCUCUUAGCAACUGAGUUCCUGCCUUAUAAAUCUUAACCACUUUAGAUUACUGCUGCUCAAAAUCACUUGCUUUUCUUACUGGCUCAGUACAAAUAAGGUUAUUACAUUAUAGGAAAACAAAGGAAAAACUCUAAUGAAUGAACCCCUCAGUUCGUUGAUUAUGCUGUAUCUUUGCUUAGCAAUAUCAAUAUAGUUGAGUUGUCUCUUUUUCUUGAUUCCACUUGUAAAACCUUUUUAUAUAUCUUUUUUUUGCAACUUAAAUUAUAAACUAAGUAGAGGCUAAAUAUCACCGUAUACAUUUCUAUUACCUGAGUCCUGAAACAAUAUAGGUCAUUUAAGUAGUGUGUAACAUAUAUGUACUGUAUAUAAAUAAAGUUGUGUAUAGCUUAGAGAAAAUUAGGCAUCCAAAAACUCAAAGCAAAUUGGGGUAUGAUUAUUUACAUUAUAAUAUGAUCCAUUAUAAGGAUUCUUCAGCUAGUAGAUCUUCAUAGUAUUUCUCAUUUAGCAAGUAUUUUUGAGUGCCUCCAACCCUAGACAGUGGAAAGGAUGAAGAUAUUCUGUGCAUGUGUGCGUCUGUGUGUGUGUGUGUGUGUGUGUGUGUAAAUAGUUAUUUGGGGCUUUCAGUAUAAUAAGAUAGAUAAGACUUACACACAAAUAAGGCAGUACAAUGAUAAAUGCCUUGUGAGUGGUAAGCUGAGUGCUGUAGAAGUUCAGAGGAGGGAAAGGUCACUUCCAGCUGGGUGAGCUAUUAUGAUUAUGUGGGCAAGGUGACAUGUCAGAGAGCCAAAGACUCACAGAGAGUUUGUCAAGUUUAGUAAUUAAGGCAAGAUUGAAGAGGUAGGUAAGACGUUGGCGCCUUCAGUAGUAGAGCAAGGAGUUUAAACUUCAGUCAGUAAGCAGUGGGGAGCCACUAACUUUCUUUUUUAAUCAAAGUCUUGUCUAGGAAAAUUUAUCUGGCAGUAAUGUGUAAUUUCAAUUAAAAAAAUUAUUCUGUUGAUAGUCUUUUAGCCUCCUUACUUUUGUAUAAAAUAAAAAUGUGUUUAUAAAUAAGUCAAUUAUAGAAUUGAUUCAUUUGUAUUCUUUUUAAAAGGUAGUCAAAAAGCUGUUUUCAGAUGAAAUUAGAGCCAGUAAGGUAACAGUAUGACUAAGUACAUUGAGAAGCUAGAAGAGAUCAAAAAAAAUUAUAGAUACAAAAAAGAUGAGCUUUUCAAGAGACUGAAAGUAACAACUUUUGCCCAGCUGGCCAUCCAGGUUGCGUCCCUAUCUGAUCAAACACUGGAAGUGACAGCUGAGGAGAUUCAAAGGCUAGAAGACAAUGAUUCUGCAACUUCAGAGCCUGAUGCUGAAAUCACUGCCAAGACCAACGGAAAUGGGAGCCCUGGGGAGCAGUCGCCAAGCCCCGUACAGUUCAUCAACAGUGAGGGAGCCGGGGACUUUAGCCGCUCGACUCUUCAGAGCGUCAUCAGUGGUGUUGGGGAACUGGAUCUAGACAAAGGGCUUGUGAAGAAAACAGAGCCCAAUACCAAAGACAAACCUUAUCCCGACUGCCCUUUCCUGCUGCUAGAUGUACGAGAUAGAGACUCUUACCAGCAGUGCCACAUUGUUGGAGCUUACAGUUACCCAAUUGCAACUCUGUCUAGAACAAUGAACCCUUACUCAAAUGAUAUUCUUGAGUAUAAAAAUGCCCAUGGCAAGAUCAUCAUCCUGUAUGACGACGACGAGAGGCUGGCCAGCCAGGCGGCCACCACCAUGUGCGAGAGGGGAUUUGAGAACCUCUUCAUGCUUUCCGGAGGUCUAAAAGUCUUAGCUCAGAAAUUCCCAGAAGGACUGAUUACAGGUUCCCUGCCAGCAUCUUGCCAGCAGGCCCUUCCUCCUGGUUCUGCCCGGAAACGAUCCAGUCCCAAAGUGCCGCCCCUACCAGCUGAGAAUAAAUGGAGAUUUACCCCGGAAGACCUAAAGAAGAUAGAAUAUUACCUGGAAGAGGACCAGGGUCCUGCAGACAAUCCUAGCCGGCUGAGCCAAGCUAACACUUCUGGAAGAGAUGCCAAGGUUCCAGGCACCCGCAGCAGUCAGAACCUGCCUGCCGGGGGCCCUGCCAGCCACCAGAAUCCCCGCUCACUGGGCAGUGGCCACCUGCAAGGCAAACCCUGGAAGUAAAAGACUUUGUCUGCCUUAGUCAAAUAAAUGUUUUCUCUCCUUUUGGAGCCCCGAGCAGCCCCCAAGUUGGUCAUUUCAGAAACUGCUGCAAAGACCUCAGCAUGUGUGUCAGGCCCUCUUCCUGUCUCCAGCUCCUUUCCCACAUCCAACUUGGGAAGAAUUUUUACAAAAACCAGAGGCAUGACAGGCUCUAGUGUCCUCCCUGUUGUUUACAGGAUAUUUAAGUCUCUGAAACUGAGUAGCAAAAAACAGUCUUAAUUUUUUUAGGCUUUCAUUUUUUUAAAAAUAAGGUCGAGUUUGUUUUGGUCUGUAUCCUGCAUUGUUUUGUAACUACUUCAGGCACAUCUGUGUGUCCUUCCCAGCCAGUUCUUUUUCACUCAGUGUUCUUGGUUUCACGAAGGUUCUCUAGGUAGGCUUUGCAGCCUGAGAAGCUGCCCCUGGGGGUGCGGAUGAUUCAUAGCCGCCACCAGGGUCCCCAUCAGGUGUGGACCCGCUUGGCUGAGGAGCUUUCGCCCAGCACCCACCCGAUACAGGUUCUGUCUUGAGUUUGGAAGCCGAUACCUAUAAGCAUUACUCAGUUAAGAUUUAGUAGCCGCUCUCAUGUGUGUGCAAAGCUCCCUCUCACAAGAUGUUCUGGGGCCAGCACAGGUGAUGCUGUGUGCUCAGCCACCCUCAUGGGAAAGCCCUAUCCACAGUACAGGGCUGGGUUGAAAGCCAUUCAUUGAAGGCCCCUGGAGUCACCCCUCAUUUUUGGUUGGCGUAUUAGUUGUAAAUUUCCAUUAUCCAGCUCAGGCAUAUCCAUAUUAGAUGGGUAGAAAUCAUGGCCCCUUGAAAACACUGGCUUUGGUUGGGUCACUACCAGCACACAAGGUGAGGACGACUCCACAGCCCUUUGUCAGAGCUGACAACCCCUUAAAUCCUUGCUUAAAAAUACAGUAUUAGUCUAAUUGAGUAAUUAGUGCAAUUUCCUGCUUACUUUUCAUUCUCAUGACUGAGCUGUGAUUAGGAGGUUGUGAUUAUAGAUUCUUGUUUGGCCAGAAUUUUGAAUCGGCAUUAAUUGAACUGCUAGAUGACUGACAUUCAUUCCAUUUAAUUGGGGGAACAAAAGACCUCAGGUAAGGAUGAGGAACUCUGAAAUCAUCAGGAAAAGGAAAAAGAGGCUUGUUAAUUUUUAUGGUCUGUGAUCUGUAGUUGUGAUAAGGGACUGAGGAAUAAAUUGUGCUCUUUGUCAUGGCAACCAGCCUCUGAAAAGCCAGCUGAAAAUUGCCUAUCCUUAGGUGGUUAUUGCUGCUGGGUAAGAUUUGUCUUAACAGGACUAUUUUUCUCACCACCAAAAAAAAGGUAUCACAGUAUUUCCAGCAUGGAAAGCUGUAUUUGUAGGAAAAUAAAGGUAAUAAAUAUCUUAUAGAGACAUAUGGAAAAAUAACUUUCAGAUUCAGCCCAGUUCUAUUUUAGUGUGUUUAUUCUUCUCUACUUGAUUUCCAAAGUGCAACAUUUUCCGAUGCUUUAGAAAUCAAACAAACCAGGGACAUUGUUCAGAUGUCAAGCCGUGCCCAAUUUUCCAUAAGAUUCAAGAAUCUUGUAUAAAAUUCAGCCAACGUACACAAAGCUUUAAUGAGGAGCCUGUCAUGUUUCCCCAUAAAUUUAUUGCCUGAGAACUAAGUGCAGCCUUUUGCUAAUGCCAAAAUGCUCUGGCUUUUUAUUUUCUUUACAGCAUAGAUUUUUUUAAAUGCAGAUUUUUCCACAUUCAACUUUCCCCUAGCGUGGACAAGAUUUUCAGCCAUUUUGGACACAUAUACAUUUUUAAGAAAAAAAAUUUUUUUUCCCUGUGACAGAGUUCUGUUUAUUCCAUUUUCAAGUUGACUAGCCAGGAGUCUAGAUUUCCCCCACUGGAUUCAGUUUUACAAGUAAGUGGUAGCCCCUUUUGCUCCUGUUCUGCAUUCCCAUCACCACACAACACCAGAGUGUUUGAAAUGACUGUGUAUGUGCGCACAGCCAGUGUAGCCGAAUCUAUUAGAAUUGCUGUGCAUUUACUGGAGAGAUCUGGCAAGUUGGCUAUGUUGAUGUGUGUUUCUCCAUAGUGCUUUGCCUGUUGGUAAGGGUUUUAAAUAACUUCUCCUCAAAGACCUGUUCUCAUUCUGUACUCUGUGUGUGAAAUGUCACUCGCAGACAGUUUUUACAUGCUCACGGUAUUGCUCUGAAUGUUCUACAUUACUAGUUUCUUCAUUAGAUUAACUGACAUGUAUUAUUUAAGUGAUCUGUGAUACUCUGUGCAAUUAUGAAUGUUGACAAUUAAAAUACAUAGUUGCUAAUU